UAGUACUGCUCAAAUCCGCCCUUUCCGAAUUUGGACAGUUCUUGCGAAGAAACAGCAAACCGACCAGUGAUAAAAACUGGUAGUCCUGCAUGGAUCUGCAUUAAUGACAGUAGAUAAUUUAUCAAUCAUGUGGUGCUCAUUUGAUCGUUACUUACUCUCAUCAACCAAAUAUAAAGCUCUUGCCUUCCAGCAAUAGUUUCUUCAAUAAUCCCAGCUACCAAAAUGAAAAUGGACGACCUUGCUCUUGCAGCUCUGACAGUCUUUUCUCUUCUUGCCUCCGUCCUUUGGUAUUCAUGGAUAUUCAAGAAAUCAAAAGAGGGAACAACUCCAUACCCACCAGGGCCUCGGGGACUGCCAAUUCUUGGAUACCUACCAUUUCUGCAACUCAACUUGCACCACCAAUUCGCAGAACUCGCUCAAAAAUACGGCCCGAUCUACAAGCUCCAGCUAGGCAGCAAACUUUCCAUCGUGAUCAGCUCCCCAGCUCUGAUAAAGGAGGUAGUUCGCGAUCAAGACAUGAUUUUUGCAAAUCGAGACCCUCCUGUUGCAGCAGUAGUCGCCACCGGUGGCGUAGACAUCGCCUGGUCACCCUAUGGCCCCUACUGGCGUGACAUGAGAAAACUAUUCGUACGUGAAAUGCUAAGUAACAACAAUCUCCAAGGUACCUACGUGCUGCGUAAGGAGGAAGUGGCAAAGGUGGUCAGGGAUGUGAGUAAGAAGAUAGGCAAGCCCAUUGAAAUCGGUGAACUGGUUUUCUUGACCGAGCUCAAUGUGAUACUAAGCUUGCUUUGGGGUGGGACGAUCGGCGAGCAAAAGCGUGAUAAACUGGGAGCUCAGUUUCGGGAUAAGGUGUUAAAAUUAGUUGAUUUGCUGGGAAAGCCUAAUGUUUCUGAUUUUUUUUCGGUUUUGGCCAAGGUUGAUGUUCAGGGAAUUGAGAAAGAAACGAGGGCUCUUAUGCCAAGCGUGGAGGAAAUUCUUGAUACGGUUAUAGAUGAAAGAACGAAGAUGAUGGGAGCUGAGGAGGGUGAAUUGACUGCUCAUGAGAGUGAGAGGCGAAAGGACUUUCUGGGAAUUCUUUUGGAGAUGAAGGAGCAGAAAGUUGGAGAGGGAUCAUCAUUUGGGCGGACCCAAAUAAAGGCCAUCUUGAUGGACAUUAUCCUUGGUGGGACUGACACUACUGCAACGAUGGUGGAGUGGGUGAUGGCUGAGCUUCUACACAACCCCGACAUAAUGAAAAAGGUGCAAGAAGAACUAACAGAUGUUGUUGGAGAGAACAACAUUGUUGAAGAGUCCCACAUAACCAAGCUAUACUAUCUGGAUGCUGUCCUGAAGGAAACAUUCCGCCGUCACCCUCCAGUUCCACUCCUCAUCCCCAGGUGUCCAAGCCAAUCAUGUGUAAUUGGUGGAUACAUGAUCCCAAAGCACUCACAAGUUUUCUUGAACCUGUGGUCAGUUUGUAUGGAUCCAAAAGUUUGGGAGAAUCCUUUCGAAUUUCGGCCUGACAGAUUUCUGAAGGAUAAUGCAGGAAAAUUUGAUUACAUUGGAAACAAUUUCCAAUAUAUUCCAUUUGGAUCAGGGAGAAGGGUGUGUCCUGGUCUCCCUCUGGCUGAGAGAAUGGUAAUGUAUCUACUUGCUACACUCCUUCAUUCGUUUGAGUGGCGGUUGCCGGAGGACGAAAUGGUUGACCUCUCUGAGAAAUUUGGAAUUGUCAUGAGGAAAAACACACCUUUGGUUGCUACUCCAUAUCAGAGAUUCAGAGGUUACCAUAUUUGAACUUGUAUGCAUAUUCAUAAUUUAUCUAUUUGUCCGUCUAGUGACUGAAAUAAUUGCAUUUUAUGUCCUACUAUAA